AUGGCCACUACUGUCAAGAACUGCUUCCUCUUCUCCAUGAUGAUAACAUUGUGUUUAGCAAACAUUAACAGCAGCUCCGCCGCUCGCCGCCUCCUGCAAAUUCCCGGCGCGCCACCGCUGCCGACAAUUCCCUCUCUACCACAAAUGCCGUCCAUUCCUAACAUGCCAACCACCACACUUCCCCCUUUGCCAGCCUUCAACUUGCCUAAUAUGCCUCUCCCAACCUUGCCUUCUGCCCCAAAGCUCACUCUUCCUCCGCUGCCGGCUAACAUCCCUCUGCCGACCUCAUUUCCCAACUUUCCGGCGGCUUUUCCCACUCUUUCUCCACCUCCAUCAAAUUGA